AUGGUGAGGAGUGGGAUAAAUGUGUUUGGGAAGCAGUGGUGGGGAAGGAGUCAUUUGAGAAUAGGAAGCAGAACACAACCAAGACCAAAUAAAGGUUUCAAACUCUCCACUCUCAAGUCCGUCCCAAAAACCGUUGAAUAUUUCAGAUGGUGGAAGAGGAUUCGUAGGGGCAAUUUAGCCUUUGUUAUCAACUCACUUCAUAAUGAUCCCAAUCACAUACUGUUAUCGAGUGACAUUGCGAAGUUUGAGCGUGGCGAAGCUAACCUCUCCAAACCUCACCUAAACACCAUUUUCAAAUACCUCGGCAUCACUAAUAGUACCAAACACACUAAAAAGUUUAUCUAA